AUGCGAGAUGUUGAUUGGAAUGACAAAUCUAACAAUUCUGCUCGCAGAUCUAAUGACUCGAUCUGGCUUAAUUUCCCUGUCAUUCUAGAGGGUCCUUAUAUUUCUAGUAAAGUUGACUAUGGUUCCGAUAUUCCUCUUCCCGAAAAGUUUUCUUCUUACCAACCUUGGAAGUUUGCACUUUCCGAAGCUGAGACAAAGAAACUGGCUGCUAAGUGGGCCACGACUUCACACAAUGCAUCAUCUUCGCAAAAUAAUAAAGUGAAAUCUUUGGGUGAUAAGACUUCAAGUAAAGGUAAGAAUAUUCCUAAAAGGCCUACGUCUAAAUCUUCAUUAAAAACGACAUCUACAAUGGAUGAUCUCUCUAGGAAGCGUAAAAGAUAUGAUUCUUCUUCAAGUUUGGAGUCUAGUGAGGAUGACAUCCUUGCUUCUGAGGAUUCAUCAGUUCCCUCUUCUUUGAGAGAGUUGUCCAAUCUUUUUGUUGGAGAUCUUUUGACUGCUAUUGAUAAUGAAGAAUUAAAUCGUGCCUUUGGAAUGGUCUCUAAAAUAUGUGAUGCUCCUACUUUAGAUGAUUCAUCUCUUCGUGGAGAUGCCUCUGCGAUAAAUCUGAACCUCCAAUUCACAAUCGGCUCUUUGGAAGCCCGUUUAUCUUAUGUAAUCUCCUUAAACUACCAAAGGAGACUUACUAAACUUGAGAAAGAAAAUGCCAAGCUUAAAACUGAGAAUUCAACCAAUUCUAAUUUGAUUCGCAGAGCCCGAGAAAGAAAUGAUGAACUCAUUGACCUGUAUAACCUUUCGGAUGAGGCUGUCAAUCUUCCUGAUGGUGAAACACUUUUAGAACACCAUAAUUCUUCUUUAAAUAACAAUCCCAACCAAGGAUUUGAAAAUCUGAAUUUGGAAAAAUUAAGAUUGAAAUAUGCUGCUCUUAGAAAAAGCCAUAGAUCUUUAUUGACUACAUUUAAUAACUUUAAACAUCGUCUUCAUGAGAGCCAAGAACAAAUUCACGUUUUGGAAACAAAGAAGAAUAAGCUUAUUGAUGAGAAAGAUGAGAUUGCUCUUAAGGGUGCGAAAGCACUAGAAAAAUUCCAAGAAUCCAUUGUUGAGGUUCAAAAAGAACGUGAUUUAGCUUUGAGUGAAAAGAACAUACUUGUCGAAGAAAGAAAUUUAAUUCUCUCUCAGCUUCUUAUAGAAAGCGAAGCUGAAUUUAGUUGGGCUGCUAGGGUUCUGAAUGAUGCUAGAGAGGGUUUGGCUAUAAACGUGAGUCUUCAGGAUGAAUAUUCCGCAUUGGUUAAAGACAUUGUUUCCAAUUAUGAAGAUAAGGAGAAGAAUUAUCUUCAGAAAAUUGAAGAAUUAGAAACUCGCUUAGCUUCUGAAGAAAAAGAUUUAUCUGCUCGCAACUCUAAGUAUCAGCAAUUGAAGAAGAACUUCAUCAUCAUGAUUUCAAACAAUAGCAAUGAUGUUAAUCGUGCUCGCGAAGCUGCUGUUAAGAAAGUCUGCGUUGAGAAUAACAUCCCUCUUACAAAGUAUAAAUUUCCAGAAAUCCCUGAUAAUGAACAUAUUUCUGAUAUUCCAGACAGUGAGGGAGAAGAUGAAGAAUCUGAAGAAAAAAUAAGUGGUUCUGAGGCUAAGCGAGAUGAAGAUUAA